CUGCGUAGGUAGUCAGUGCGCGUAGAUUGUGAAAACAAUGGAUGUACAAUCGAAGCAGUUUAAGACACAAUCAAAAGUGAGCGAAGAUCGGUCGACGGACAGUGAGAAACAAAGCGAAACUAACGAGAAUGAGUUGAGGAUGAAGGAAACGGAACAGAAGCAGCAGGAACGGCAGAAGGCCGAAGAACAGACCGGCGAUUCCUCACCGCUUCAGCAGGGCUUGAGUGAAACGGAUAGCGUCGCAUGCAAAAAACCAAAAACACGCAGGAGAGGUUUUUUCGAGAGUCUUAGGAGAUCGUUCCGUGGAAAGAAGGAGCAGCGCGAUGCAUCAGACGCGCGAUUAUGUCCUAAAACGGAACGCAAAGAAUCCUUAGACGCGAAAAUUGUUAGAACCAGCGUGCCAAUCAACUCGGAGGCGUAUCACAUGAAGCACAAAAGGAGGGGUGUGGCUUUAAUCUUCAAUCAUAUCAACUUCAAGAAAAUGGCAUCCAGGAAAGGUUCGAUUAAAGACAGUAAAGACCUAACGCAAACAUUGAAUCGGCUUGGUUUCGAGAUCCGAGAAUACGUCGAUCCUACCGUUCAGACAAUUUCAUCGAUCCUGAAAGUCACCGCCGCGGAAGACCACACGGAUGCUGACUGUCUGGUCGUGGUGACUAUGUCGCAUGGGGAAUCGGGUUUACUGUACUCGGCAGACAACGUGUACCCCGUCGAUAUGCUGUGGGCCCAUUUCACCGGUGACCGAUGCUCCACCCUGGUCGGGAAGCCGAAGUUGUUUUUCAUUCAGGCUUGCCGCGGGUCGAAGCUGGAGAAUGGGGUGCAAGUUAUGCAUGAGACGGAUGGCGCGAGUUCGUACACCAUUCCUACCCACGCGGACAUUAUGGUGGCCUAUUCCACAUUCGAUGGCUUCUAUUCGUGGCGGAACCCGGACGCCGGAUCCUGGUUCAUACAAGCGCUGUGCGAGGAAUUGAAUGAGAACGGGCGAACCCGCGAUCUGCUCACCAUAAUGACUUUCGUCAACCGGCGGGUCGCCAUUCAAUAUCAAUCGUUCGUGCCCAACGACCAGCAUUUCCACCAGAAAAAGCAGAUCCCCUCCAUUGUCUCCAUGUUGACGCGGUUAGUGUACUUCGGUGAAAAGCCACUUUAAUAUUCGCCGAGCGCCGCUGUCCGUGGAACGCCGACGAACGAUUCAAUACGAGAUCGAGGAAAUUUCAUGAACCCUCCCCUCACCGACGACUUUCUAGUAUUCAAACUAAAUUCACGGGUUACCCUCUUGUUUCCGCGAAAGGAAAAAUGUUCCAGCUUUCUUUCCUUUCCGUUUCCUUGUUUCUUCAUUGCUCAGAGGGAAUGAUUAAAUCCCUAGCCGUCAGUUGAAAAUGUAUAUAUGCGGUUUGGCCGGUGUAACCACUGAGAGGAAAGUAGAGGAUUUCUUGAUCCGAUGUUAAUCAAUGCUUUCUGUUAAUACAUUGUUAACUGGUAAUUAGAUAACUCGUGUUUUCAUGCCCAAACUUUGUUGACCGGUCACGAGUUAACUCGUGUUUGUACUUACAUUAGCGAUUUCGAUUUUUGAAAAACACAGCAAUAUAGAAUAUUGCAAAAACAAAAUAUUCAAAGUUAUAUAAAAGAUAUGUCCAAUGUUUCAUUUCAAUUCAUGUGUAUAAAGAAAGUACAUUGAAGUUUAUUUAGAUUGUCUUACUUUGAUAUUUAAUUCCGGAAUAAUAACCGGUGACAUGGGAUAUUUUCUGCGUAAAAUUGUCGGUCAACAAUGUAUUAACCGCUACAACACGACGGACGUACAGUUCCACUGUGGUUUCACGCACGACCGACACAAUGGAAUGAAACUUUUUUUCACAGCUUUAUAUUUGGAAAAUGAAAUAAGAAUAAGGGAUAAUGUCAAAUGCUUGGUAAGAAGUAAGGUAAGAAAAGAAUUAUAAAAAAAUGAUACAAGUUUUACGAUUGUUACACAAAAAUCACCUUCUUUCACUGAGUAAUAAUGGGAAUAAUGAAGUAAAGAAAAUACAAUGUGAUUGAAAAAAUAUAAUUGAAUAAAAAUGAAUUCCAUGUUUUUUUCGAAACAUUCUCAUAUGUGUGAAUGACAAUCUCAUAAAAGUUUCGUUGUCACGAGCUCUGGCAGUUCUAAAGACUGUCACGACAUUUCAGCAUUUCCUUAUGGAAAUUUCUGAUUUCAUAUUAGAUACGUAUCUCAUAUUCAGUCUGCUCAUUUCUAUGUGGCAAAUUAAAAAUGCUAGAAACUUCAAUUCAGCAAAAAUAAAAGGAUAUUAAAUUCUCUAAUUUCAAACGGUUGCAAAGGGUCAUUAAUUAUUGUAACGGUUUAAAUGUAUACUUACAUAUUAAUGUUUGAUUUUUCGAAAAUGUCAUUCAUGAAAUGUGUAAAUAACGAAAUUGUUCUCUCAAGUACACUAUAAAAUAAACAAAAUUACAAAUUUGUUUGAAACCGUAUGCGACCCGCAAAACGUUAAAGAAGAGUCGAUACAAGCAUACCCUAUAUAUUUUUCUUGAUAUGUAUGUACUAUGCGACAUAAGAUUUUGCAAAAACUUUUUAAAAAGAAAACUGUCCAAGACGGAUUUGGACACAAUUUUUCAUUUGGAGAAAUCGAGUCAAUAUCCGUAGAGAACGUGUGCACGGUGUUUUGCAGGGAUGCAGCCAUUGGUCGCCUACCUCAACUUAGCAGUGCUGUAACUACACGUAAAUAGUUAUGUAUAAUUCAUACAUUUUCCAUAUGUAUAAUAUUGGAUUUUCUCAUGUUCGGAUUCCAACCUAAAACUGGAAAUGUGAAAAACUUAUCCCGAUUGUGCACACUUUUAAACGAUUUCGACAUUAACACAUUCACGUAGAUACAUAUUUUUAUUUAUUUAAUCAUAGAUCGUAAUCACGACAAAAGAAUAUUUACAAAAAUGGUGUUGAAGUGGAUACUGUUUUUUAAUGUUAAUGAAUAACUUAAUAAAUAAAUUAAAUAUUAAUACUAAUUUAUUUUAAUGUUGGAAAUUAGUACAGUACCACCGGUAGUAGACACCGGCAUGAACAUGUUAAAUAUAUAAAUAUCUAUGAUUUGUUAAUAUAUAUGAACAUAAUUUAAUGAGUUUCAAAUAUUUUCAUAUCUAAGAAAGUGUUGAAAAAUGUAGUUAAAUCAUAACAAUAUAAUUUAUGUAAGACCAGUGGACGUUUACGGUCGUCCAAAACUCUAAAAUAUAGUAUCCAUAGAAAUUGAUAUAUUUCAUAUACUGUUCCUGUCUUCUAAAACUAACACAAACGUUUCAGUAGUUUAAUUUUUUUUUAUAUGUUUGGUUUCCAUAUGUGUUUCUAUGAGAUUGAUUCUAGAUGUUAUAGAUCGAAAAGAAAAUUCGAAUUUGUUGGACAGUUAUAUGCAUUAUUACAUAGUUACAUUAUUAUUAACAGUUAUAUUGAUUAUUAAGAGCAAGAUCGUAUUCAUUUCAAGUAUAGAAUUACUUUAUUUAUGCCAUACUAUUUGUAAUAUGUUUAUAUCUUCUAUAAUCUCAAAUAUAAUUUAUUUAUAAUAUUAUUUGUAUUACUAUACAAGUUUAAGAUUCCCAUGAACGCAACGGAAUUAAUCAUGCAGAGAAAUAUUUGAUUAUCGGUAAUAUAUAAAUUAAACACGAAUGGAUAAAAGGAUACAAGUGAAUAAUACUGUUCUUAAAGAAGAAAAGCUGCGUAAAGUCAUGUGAGACAAUUAUUACGUUAAUCCGAACCUUGCUACAAUUACAUGAAUUCUAUCCCUCUCGCAUGGAAAGAACAAGAUACGUUGCCAGAUAACGUAUCACUAUCGUCAAAAAGAAAAUGUUUGAAUUAAUACCGCGUUAAUUAUCUUCAUUUUCAUUCGAAAUAUUGAAUAAACUUCGUUAUCAACAGAAUAUAUAAUAAUAAACAUUUUUACACAGAAGUUU